AUGCUAGAGCGAAGGUUUGUAGAGAUCCUCGAUGGGAGGACAUUGGAGUUGCUGCAAGUCUUGCAGGUAGAGGAAUCUAUAGGCGGCACAGUCUAUCGACCUGAUCUGCACCAGGAGUUGAGGCAUGUGGCAGAGUCGCCACCGUCGAACAAUGACGGUGGUGGAGAUACCCCGAACCUGCCGUGCCGCCUUUCUGAAUAUACAGAGGUAGUCAGCAUCGAGCCGGAGCAAGGCAUCGUCUACCUGGCCGACGGUUCGCAAACCAAGGCAGACCUCAUAAUCGCCGCCGACGGUGUCCACUCGUCCGCAAUGACCGUCAUCCUGGGCGAGCCCUCCCCAGCUCUGCGGAGCAGCACCACGGCCGUCCGCGCCGUGAUCCCCAUCGCGAAACUGCAGCAUAACCCCUUCGCACGGGUCAUGGCCGACGUUCCUGGCCGUGGUACAUUCAGUGUGGCGCCCGAUCGCAAGCGGUACCUGCUCGGGUACUGGUGCCAUGACUUCGAGUACCUCAAUCUCGUCCUCUACGCCCUCGAGGAUAUACCGGGGAUGGCGAUCCACACGAUGCGUGAUGAGACAACCCCGGAGCAUGUGGCGGCUGCCCUUAACGAGUUCCAUCCUGACCUUGGGACGGUCUGUGACCACCUGGUGGGUGUUCUGCCUGUGUGGCGACUUUACACACGACCACCUGCUGCCCGAUACAGCCGCGGCCGUCUUGUCGCCAUUGGUGAUGCAGCACAUGCCAUGUUAUCGCACAUGGGCCAAGGUGCCAACUCUGCCAUUCUUGAUGCUGCGGCUCUCGGCACUCUCUUUGGAGACCUACCAGAUCGAUCAACGGAAACCAUCUCUUACCGACUUCGCCUCUUCAACGAGAUCCGAGUUCCACACAAUUCAGCCGUUCAACUAUGGUCGGAAAUACCAAUGUUUGAUCUACCCACAAAGAGAAAUGUUGAUAUUGAGGCAUUAUUGCCAGACCUCAAGCUCCCCGGUGAGUCCGCACGAUGUUCUGCUGCUGGGGAAGUUUUCUAA